UUCGUUGCCAUUACUUGGCAUAGUCAGCAGGAUUCCAAAGAAGCUCACUCAGGACUAUUCAGAGGACUCGAACCCAGUGCCAGGAUCCAGCAAGGGUCCCAUUGAGCCCGCGGGUUCCCCACCCAUUGGGUGAAUUUGGGACAAGAACCUGGGGUAUCAAAAUCAGACACAAGGUGGAGGCCUGCUAGCUGCCUCCGUUUGUCUGUUUCUGUGAAUGUGAAGACCAGGAAGAUGGGAUGUGGAAGAGACAGACCCAACCUCUUCUGCCUUCUGACCUGGAACCUGGACACAGCACACUUCCAGCCGCCAUCAAGAUCAUCUACUGGGACCUCAUCAGUCCUGAUGAGACGUUCUCCGAUAUCUGCCAGAUCUGGGUCAUCAGAGAUAAGCUGUGCCUGGAGGUGGAGGAGAUGGUCAGUAGAUUAGAAGGAUCUGGGAGGACAAGCCUGGAGCUGUUGGCAAACGCCACAGGGCAGGUGAAGACUGAGAAGGAACAACCUCAACAUGAAGGAGAGCGAAGCCAAGAGGAGAUACCUGGGCCCUGAUCACAGGGUUGAUCCCUGGAGCAAACGGGCCCUAAAGCUGGUUGUACCCAGGAUUUUUCAGACAUUAGGCAAUAAAACCAUUUUUUGCUUAA